GAAACGAGACUGAGUCUGAUCCGGAUCCGUUUCUUCACUCGACUCUUCCUGUCUGAUCCGGAUCCGUUUCUUCACUCGACUCUUCCUGUCUGAUCCGGAUCCGUUUCUUCACUCGACUCUUCCUGUCUGAUCCGGAUCCGUUUCUUCACUCGACACUUCCUGUCCGAUCCGGAUCCGUUUCUUCACUCGACUCUUCCUGUCCGAUCCGGAUCCGUUUCUUCACUCGACUCUUCCUGUCUGAUCCGGAUCCGUUUCUUCACUCGACUGUUUCUGUGUGUCAGAUCCAACAUGGCGGCCUCUGCUGCUUCACGUGAGCUCUUUACGGAGGCAGUGAGAGCGGUUCUUCACUCUUGGCCGGUUCUUCAGAUCGCCGUGGACAACGGGUUUGGGGGCGUGUUCGGACAGCAGAAAGCUGAUUGGAUGGUGGACGUAGUACAGCAGUAUUUCCAUGACAAUGCUGACCUGCAGAACGGGGAGGUGGAGGACUUCCUUGCUGACUUGAUGGAUCAGGAGUUCGACACCAUGGUGGAUGAUGAGAGUUUACCUCAGGUGUGUGACAGUCUGAUGCAGGCCUUCCUUCAGUGGCAGCAGGGGGCGCUACAGCAGCUCAAACACACCAUCAACACUCUUACACAGAAGAAGAGUCAGAGGGCAAAGGUCACGGCUCCGCCCACGCAUUCUGAUGAAGACAGCGACGAUGGAACAGAGGUGAUGGAGUGUGAAUCCUCCAGUCCGUCGGUCAGCAGCAGAGAUCCUCCUCCUCCUCCUCCUCCUCCUCCUCGGGAUGAAGAGGACGGCUGGACGGUUGUGCGUAAGAAGAAGUGAAGAGGAAGAUGAAGUGCAGGAUGAACUGUUGAACUGGUCGGCUGACAUUUCACCUCUUUGGAACGGGUCUGAGCAUGAGCUGUUUCUAACGGGAGCUGACGGUGUAGCGGUGUAACGGUGUAGCGGUGUAGCGGUGUAGCGGCGUAACGUGUUCUCCUCCCGGAGGAGCGACGCUCCACCACUCACCUCGUUGGUCUGGUUGUUUUUAUAUUAAACCUGUUGAGUUUAC